GGUGGCUGUUCCUGUGUGUUUACUACACGGACCAGGCAGCAGCAGACACUUGGCUUCACAUGCACCUAACUCACAACAGCUAGCUAGCUAAACACUUUAUAGUUCCAUUUGAAAGAUAAUCUACAAGAAUCCAACAUGCCUAAGAGAAAGCAGGGAGCAGCUGGGGACGCCAAGGAGGAGCCCCAGAGGAGAUCCGCCCGGUUAUCAGCGAAACCAGCCCCAGCCAAGACUGAACCCAAGGCCAAGAAGGAGAAACCAGCAAAGAAAGAGAAGGCUGUGAACGACAAGAAGGAGGAGAAGAAAACUAAGAAGGCAGCAGCGAAGGAGAACGCAGAGGCUGAAGCUGCUGAGGAGAACCACUCUGAGAACGGAGAUGCCAAGACCAACCAGAUGGAGGAUGCUCCCGAGGCGGAGAAGGAGGAAGCCAAGUCUGAGUAGCAACACUGCCGACCCCUGACCUCCGCCCCCCCCCCCCCAGUGUUCGUGGUCCCCCUCCAAGGCAUAUUGUUAACAGAGGAAUAUUUUUAUCAGUGAUUUUAUAAGUAUACUAUCUACUAUCCGUACAGAUUUUUAGCACAAAGCAAAGCUGAGUAAUAUAAUGCAGAUCUGCAGUGGUCAUAUCAACAAAGUGUCUGCAGGCAAGAUGAACACACUAAAAUCUUUUUUAAUUAAACAGCAUUUCAUGAUUGUGUAGGAAGCAAAGCGCGUCCCGUCCCAUAGUGAGUUGUGUGUUCCUGUGCCCCCCUCCUCCACAUUUGGUUCUCCGAGGGUUCUACCUUAUUCCUGGAUAAUUAACUGUUUUGAUCCCGUCUGUUAUGUGCAGUGAGUUCCUUUUGCUUUGUCUAAAUGUUCCUGUUUUUACAUGAAACAUGUUCUAAGUGUGUUGAAAGUGUGUUGUCCAAUAAGGAAGAGGAAGAGAGAAGUUCCGGGCACAGUGACAUGCAUGUCUCCUAGGCGACCCUGUAACAGUGACAUGCAUGUCUCCUAGGCGACCCUGUAACAGUGACAUGCAUGUCUCCUAGGCGACCCUGUGACAGUGACAUGCAUGUCUCCUAGGCGACCCUGUGACAGUGACAUGCAUGUCUCCUAGGCGACCCUGUGACAGUGACAUGCAUGUCUCCUAGGCGACCCUGUGACAGUGACAUGCAUGUCUCCUAGGCGACACUGUAACAGUGACAUGCAUGGCUCCUAGGCGACCCUGUGACAGUGACAUGCAUGUCUCCUAGGCGACCCUGUGACAGUGACAUGCAUGUCUCCUAGGCGACACUGUAACAGUGACAUGCAUGUCUCCUAGGCGACCCUGUGACAGUGACAUGCAUGUCUCCUAGGCGACUACAGCAGCCGUGUGUGCAACAGCUUUCCAUCUUGCUGGUUUUCUAAACACACCGUUUUUUUUAGAUAAGAGGUUCUCUGACGUGUGCAGGAGUCUCUGUCCCUCUGAUGUUCUGGAAUUCUCCAAUAAAACCAGUCCUGUCAAUUUUCCUCAAAA